AUGCAGCUUCGCCUGUUAAAUGGCUGCUCAAAGUCAGUCUCAGGAUGGGCAUGGUCUGGCCGAAGUGGUGAGACGCUGAACGCCUGGUGGGGUACCGAAAAGCCGCCUCCCGUUGCAGCAGAGGAUGGAGGCGAAAAUGCCGAACCGGUCGGCGAGGAAACAGGCUGGUCGCCUGCGCUCAGCGUGGGCAUCCUCGGUUCGACGGGCGUGGCGCAGCUGCCAAAGAGCGGAGGUCUCCUCUCCUCGAUAUCUUUGUCGGGCCCUCCUGCGGCCGAAGUUGGUGUGACGGUCGCCGGGCUUCCGGCCCCCUUCGAGCGGACGAAGCUCGUCCAAGUGGUACCCAGAUACGUCGUCCGCAACCAGCUGUCCUGUGUUGUCGAGAUUUGGCCAAGCCGUGGCAGCAGCAAGAAAGCCCCGGACGUGUUCGCACACCUCCUGGGCACCUGGAAAGCGGCGCCGGUCGAGGGCACUGCGACGUCGCUAGUGUUUAACUUGCUGAGCUGCUUGCUGGACGCAGACAACGACUCGCUUCUCUACGAGAGCUUCGAUGCGGACGGUCUUUUGGUCUCUGGCGUGCUGCGUAUCUCGAAGGGCUUUCUCACUGGAGAGGUCACCAGAUUGGGGGAAGCCGCCGGAGAAGUCCGUCUCUGCGAGUCUGGGGAGAAGGGGGCGCUAUUGUGGCAGCACCGUGAUUCCGCAGAGAGUGAAUGGUCGGAGGAGACCGCCACCACGAGCGAGGAUGCGCGCGCCUUCCGCAAUCCAGCCAUCCAGCCAGGCGACUCACUUUCGAUCGGCGCCAUCCCCGCCAACAGCGCUUGGGCCAUGAACUACGAUGGCUCCGCGCUGCAGCCGUUGAUGUCCUUGCGCGUUCCCGGUGAGGAGGAUGUCGACGACGAAACGAGGUGGUCGGUGCAGAUUCCCCUCUCCGCGGUUGGUGACAGCGUGGUCGCCCUGGCCCGGCUGAAUGGCCGACCCCUCUUGGUGCGCGUGUCAACCCAGCUGGAUGGGGCCACUCUGUUUCUGAUCCUCUCGAGGGGACAGUGGCCCUUCGAGAUCGAAAACCGCUCCUGCCAACACUCCGUGGUUUUCUACCAGCAAGGCGCCGAUGUCACUGCUCCCGGCUGCGAGGAGUGGAUACUCCGGCCUUGCGAGGCUCGUCGCAUCGUUUUCCCGGAUCCGGAGAAGCCGAAGACCUUGGUAGGGCGCAUCCUUGGGGCAGGCCAGGACAAGGUGGCUCACUACCAAUUGGAUAACAUCUCUGCGGGCGGGCGCAGACGGGACCUAUGGCUGCCGGGUACAACGGGACCUUCCCUGCGCGCGACGUUGAAGCUCCGGGGCGCCGCCCGGUGCUUGCGCCUCUACGACCCUGAGGCCAACGAGGAUGGUGACAAUGCCGAGGCGGACCACCUCAUCGCCAGCGAGCUGGACGAAGAGCACGUUUGGACGAAGAUCGGCUUCGACAUCUUUCUGUCAGGCUUGCACGUCUGCUUGGUGGACACCCUCAUCUCCACGCCGCAAGAGCUCCUGGGUUUCACGGUUGACUACGUGCAGCUUGAGAAGCCCCGGAAAGAGAAGACUGCGAAGCUGACGGUGCACCACAUUCAGCUGGACGACUUCGGUGAUGAGGAAGCCUUCCUUCUCGGUCCCAUGGACAGUGGACUGAAUGCCCGCACCAGCGCGGUGCGUGACGUUCAGGGCGUCACUUCCCGGCCCAUGCUGGCCAUCACCGUCCAAGGGCCUACCGACAGGGCGACGAAGAUGUUCGAUGGGCUCCACCGUGCGAUUAAUCUCCGCAGCUUUUGCAUCGCGGCACGGCCCAUUGAGGUCCGCGUGGACGUGUCAGGGUUUUGCCGGGUGAUAGCCUGCAAGUCGGCGCAGUACCAGUGA